GCGGCGGCAGCAGUAGCGGGCGCCUCGGCGGCAGGCGGAGGCGGAGGCGGGUCGGCAGCCGAAGCCGGGUUAGUCUGAGGGGGCUGCGUGUUUCCGGAGGACGUGGCGAACGGGCUCCUGAGGCGGCUCCGGCUCCUUCUCUUCGGUUCUUUAUCCGGCUGGCGCGGCGGCUCUUACCGACAUCAUGAUUUCCCUCACGGAUACGCAGAAAAUUGGGAUGGGCCUUACAGGUUUUGGAGUAUUUUUUCUUUUCUUUGGAAUGAUCCUAUUUUUCGACAAAGCACUUUUAGCUAUUGGAAACGUUUUAUUUGUGGCUGGCCUGGCUUUCGUAAUUGGUUUAGAACGAACUUUCAGAUUCUUUUUCCAGAAACACAAAGUGAAAGCCACAGGUUUUUUCUUGGGUGGUGUAUUUAUAGUUCUUAUUGGCUGGCCUCUGAUAGGAAUGGUCUUUGAAAUUUAUGGUUUCUUCCUCUUAUUCAGGGGCUUUUUCCCUGUGGUGAUUGGUUUUAUUAGAAGAGUGCCAGUUCUCGGGUAUCUGUUGAAUUUACCUGGUAUAAGAUCACUUGUAGAUAAAGCUGGAGAAAGCAACAACAUGGUAUAAUGAUUGACAAAGGUCCUGAAGACUGGUUCUAAAUUUAUAUUAUUUAUAAAACCUUCAUGAAGAUCGGUCAGUCCAGCGCAACGAUUUUGUUGUAUACAAAAGCAACAUUUGUAAUGGUCUUUGAAGUAAGUUUCCAAUUUACACCAUAGUAUACAGUAAACCUAUUUAAUAUAUAUAUAUAUAUAAAAAGAAAACCAGAAGCAAAUUUGCAACUUAAGACUUGGCAUUGGCAUACCAGGAAUGCUGUGGACUCAACUGGCGAAAAAGUCACGGAAUGUUAGAACUCUUCAAGACUUCUUCAUAUUUUUGGAGUACAAGCUAAAUGCAACAAACUCUCCAUGGAAUUAACAGUGCCUGUCAUUUUUACCUCCUUACGUCGGAAGGUGUAACAGAGUGAUCAUGGGUCAGUUGAUAAGGCGUGGCCCUUACCUCUUCCUGCCUGCCAAAUUUCCUACUUCCUCCCCAUUUUUGGAAGGAAAAAAUAAUUUCUCCUGACUGUUUCUUCUGUUUGAAAGCAAGACAGCUUCCUUACGAAUUCUCAUUUUUAACCGUAGCAGAAGACUUCAUCACAUGGUUCAGCUGUAUAAAUCUCUCUGUAAAUAGACGCUGAAAUAAAUCUUUGUAGGAAAAUGUUUCAAGCCAAAUGUAAAUUUUCAUUACCUACAUCUUUUACCUUUGGAAUACGCAAAAAAAAAUAUAUUUUGUACGGAACCGUACAAAACUGUGUUCAACCAUUCCUGGGUUUGUUAGAUCAAAUUUGCGCAAGGGCAUUUCAAUCCCAAAUCAUGUUUCUAAUUUUGUUAUUGGUAGCCAGCAUAUAAAGUCCUGACGCAUAAAGAAUCAUGUUUUGUUUACUGGUAAUAUAUGAGAUCCUGGAGCUAGAUUUGAAGCACUGAGCUUAAGCGUCCCAUUCUUAUUCUGAGGGAGUAUGUUACGAAGCUAACUUAUUGUGUAAAUAACUUUUUCUAACUAUCAAACAAAUCAGUCGGUUUGCUGGGAAGUCUUGGGAAUUCAUAUUGGUAGCCUUGAUCAAGUGGCACAUUAAUUUGUUAUACUUUGACUAUUAGAAACAAUCCCUAUUGCUCCAAAUGGCAAGAUUCAGAACUUUUAUGGACAUUUGAACUGGUAAAAGAGGAAAUGUGAAUGUCUUAUGCAACAGGAAAAUCACGUUGUUCCUUUCUCGGACCCUUCUUACAGUGACUCUUGAUCAUAAAUGUGUCCUUUUGUUGAAGCAAGCAUGUUAAUGCAAAGCUAUUGAUUUGUUUAAAUCUGAAUGGUUCAAACAGCCAGACAAAUACCAUCGCUUUUGAGUGAAUGAACACUAGUUACUAAUACCCAAGGAUGGGAACUAUUUUGUCCUUCAAAAGUGCACUAAGUGAUUUCUUAAAAGGACUUUUUGAUGAGACGAAUCGAUUUUGUACAGCGGUGAAAAUCAUUUUUGAAUUGGCGCUUCAAGGGACAGUUCUCCAUCAGCUUCCCCAUUGUGGAGGAGUUAACAAAAAUGUACAUUCCAUUAGGGAUCAUUCUGAUCCCAAAAUAGAACACUUCAAUUUUGAAACAAAUGGGCCUUGCGUUCUGAUAUAGUCUGAUACAAAAUGGGCCUACUAUGAUGUUGGACUGCUUCCAAAAACACUCAGAACAUCCUGUUCCAGAGUUGCAGUAUUAUAUGAUGGAACAAUUGACAGGCCCCUGUUCCAUUUCUUUGAUUUCAUCUUGGGAGACGUAUCCCUUAAAAAGGAUGUUUUCCCUCCCCCCCUCUAAACCAGAGUUCCCCAACCUUUCUGGCUUUGUGGACCGACCCCGCGGGGUGGAGGGGAUGGUUCCAUAAGAGCAGAAGGCAAGCGCAUGGCCGUGCAUAGCUCCAUUUGCAUGAGUGGCAGGCAAGCACACCUGCCACUUGUACAAAUGGAACAUGUGUGCCCACGCUUCCCGUGGCUCACCUAUGUAAGGAGGCGCCCACCUACGCAUUCGCCCACCACUUCCACAGUCCAGUUCCGAAGGGCUCAGGACCCGAUAGUGGGGCCCGGCCCAAGGAUUGGGGAAUCCUGCUCUAGGUGGUUGUUUUCUGUCUUAAAAUAGAUAGCACUGAUCUAAUUGUACCUGCAACACUGGUAACAUGGGGUAUUGUUUUAUAUUGCAGACUCUGCCUCUAAUUAUUUUAAAUAGAAUCCUGUUGAGUUGAGCAGGCCAUGCUCAAAACUUAAACCUUAAAUAUCUUUGCUAUGUAUGCUCUAGUUCUUAUUUGAUAUUUUGGCUGUAGAAAAGAAUUUUUAAUUGACUCUCAUAUUUUAAACCAUUUCAGUUGUAGUUUGUGGGCUGGGAGAGAUGCUUAAGAUUUGGAGCAAUGCACAUGUCCUUAGAGCUAUAAAUUUGGGUUUCUUCAGAUGUUUUGCAAUCUCAGGACUCUUUCCAGAAGGAUCAGGCUGCCAGAUUAUCUUCCUUAUAUUAUACAAUGAGCCUCAUUUGAGUAUUAAGUCUCCAACAACCCACUACCAAGUAAGAAGGAUUCCUAACGCAAAAGGAAUAAAAAUCUUCCCAUUUUUGUUUCUUUUCCAUGUUGUGAAGGUAGCGGAGAAAAAAAUUCCUUCCAGUCAUUUUGGGGCAUAAUCUCCUCAAAACAUUAUCAGACCCCAUCACUUAAUUCAUCACACCCAUCUGACAUUCUGGUUAAGUCAUAAUUUACUUAAAUGUAGGUGAGACUUUGGUUAAAUAACAAGCAUAGUGUCAUGGUGCUCUAGAAAAUAAAGCGAAGACAAUUUGCUUCUUACGCUGUCCACUUCGGAUGGCAUCCUUUCACUUUUCUAAGAUUCACAUUAAAAUUCAAAACACUUUUUAAAAAAUUCAAAAGAGUAGUUUUUAAGUCAGCAGAGUGCAAUCUAAUACCACUGCUGUUCUGUUAUCUUGACCCUCCUAUUAAACCCUCUAGAGUUGCUUAAGAACCAAUGGAAGGCUGCAAGUGAUAGUAUAUUUCACUUUCACUGCUCUUUCACACACACAAAGGAUCCAGAGAAUUUGAUUUGAUUUAAACUAGUUUGCUGUGUUGUGUGGUUUAAAACAUGCUAUUACGUUUACGUCCAGGGAGCAAAAUAUAAUCCUUGCAACUUCUAAGAUCCUAUCCCUUAGCAGUUAACAAAAUUUAGUUUUUACAGAAUUGGCAUUGCGAUAGAUGACUGAACGAUUCUUUAACCUUAAGGCUGUCUUUAUGUUUGUAUCAUUGUGCUUGCACUACAUUGAGGCUCAUUUCCAAGGGUAAACAUACCUAGAACUGAGCCUUGUAUGUUGUAAUCAUUUGCAGAGAUAAUAUCUUCUGUAACAAAUAAGAUCUCCCCAUUUAAGUGUAAUUCUUGAUUGUUUGAAAAAUCACAUAAGGAUCUUGUUUUGGAGACUAUAUUGUAAAUAUACUUGUCAUACCUUGAAUAAAUGGGUACUUUUUCUAC